AUGAAUAACAGCAGUGGUUUCCGUAACCUACUGUAUAGUGAAUCUCCUAUUGACCUUGAUUCACCCGAACGAGUUUGGUUCGGUAGCCAACCACCUGAGCCUGUUGGGUUCGGUAGCCAAGCUCCUGUUGGCGAGUCUGGUGAGACUGUUGUCGAGUCUGUUAUCAAAGAGAGGAGGAAAUGGUCCCCGCAAGAGGAUUUAAUACUGAUUGGUGCUUGGCUCAACACCAGUAAAGAUGCAGUAAAAAAUACUGAGCAGAAAGCUGGUGCGUUCUGGAAGAGGAUCAUCGACUACUACAAUGCAAGCCCUCUUCUAGUUGGGACAAUACCGAGAGAGCUUACUCCAGCCAAGCAGCGGUGGGCUAGGAUUAACGCAGAUGUCUCCAAGUUCGUUGGUUGCUAUGACCAGGCAAUGAGUGAGUAG